UGCUGGGAAGGGUAUGGGGGGCCACCAGGGAGGGCCCUGGCAGUGCUCCCCACACUGUUCCCCACUGCAGGUGAGCCACAGCCGGACCCUUGCCCACCACAGCCUUGAGGACUGGGCAGCCACCCCCCUGCCCUCCCUGGCACCAGCAAAGCCCCUGCCCUGCACCCCUGCCCUGCCCACCGAGGUGCAGAAGGCUGGGCAGCUCAACAGGACCAAGAUCGCUGAGGGGGGAAGGAAGCUCAGGAAGAGCUGGGGGGUCUCCUGGGUGGUGCUGGCUGGGAACAGCCUCAUCUUCUACAAGGAGCCCAAGGGGCCGGCACCCACUGCCUGGCGCCCUGCCAGCAGCCGCCCUGAGAGCAGCGUGGACUUGCGGGGGGCUGCUCUGGAUUGGGCCCGUGACCUCUCCAGCAAGAAGAACGUCAUCCACCUCCGCACUGUGACGGGUAAUGAGUUCCUGCUGCAGUCGGACCAUGGGGCCACCAUCCAGGAGUGGGCCCGGGCCAUCCGGGGAGUCAUCCGUCGGCUGGUGCCCCCCCCCACCCCUGACUCCUCAGAGAAGAAGCGGGUGAAGAGCAAACUGAGGCGCUUCAUCGUGAAGCGGCCCCCGCUCCAGAGCCUGCAGGAGAAGGGGCUCAUUCGAGACCAGGUGUUUGGGUGCCGCCUGGAUGCACUGUGCCAGCGGGAGAGCACCACAGUGCCCUGCUUCGUCCGGCUCUGCGUGGAGGCCAUUGAGGAGAGAGGCCUUGACGUUGAUGGGAUCUACCGGGUCAAUGGGAACCUGUCCGUAAUUCAGAAGCUGCGUUUUGCCGUGGACCGGGAGCGAGCUGUGACCUCAGAUGGGCGCUAUGUCUUCCCUGAGCAGCUGUGCCAAGAGGAGCGGCUCAGCCUGGCAGACCCCGAGUGGAGCGAUGUCCAUGUGGUCACCGGUGCCCUCAAGCUCUUCUUCCGGGAGCUGCCUGAGCCCCUAGUCCCGUACUGGCUCUUCGACCCCUUCAUUGAAGCUAUAAAGCUGCCGGACCCCCAGGAGCAGGUGGAGCGAGUGGCUGAGCUGGUGCAGAGACUGCCCCCUGCCAACUAUGCCACCCUGCGCUACCUCCUGGCUCACCUCUGCCGGUGCAGCCAUGCUGGCAGAAGCGGUGAAGGAAGACCUCCGCAUGCUCCGGGAGCGCCUGGCCCAGUGUUCUGCGGAGUCCGUAAGGCACAAGGAGCUGCUGCGGUGUCUGGUAGGUGUGGAGCGUUCCCCUUGCCCCCGGGGGCUGGGGCUGCGAGAGCUGAGCCCCUGACCCCUCCUUUGCCCACGCAGGGGAAGAAGCAGCAGGAGCUGAGGGAAGCCAUGGAGGAGCUCAGGAGAGAGAACUGUGAUGUGGCGCGGUGUUUCCGAAACAACCGCCAGGAGCUCCAGGAGCUGGAGGGGCUGGUGGCCCAGACAAAGGAGCACUUUCAGAUGGAGAACGGGGAGGCAGGCGUGAGCGUGGAAGAGGCGCAGAAGGCAGACCUCUUUCAGGGAAAGGCAGGAGGAGGCACAGCAGUGCCGGAGCUUUUCAAGACGGACCAGUGGUCAGAGCUGACAAAAGCUCUGCAGGAGCAAGUUGAGGUCAAGAAGCUGCUCAGGAACAAGCUCCAGCACCUCCAGGAGAGACAGGAAUGCCUGCGAGAGCCAAGAGCUUUCAGGGGGAAGAAGGUGCAGGCAGAACCACCAGAGGAGUCGCUGCUGCAGGAGAUGGUGGCCGUGCAGCUGGAGGAGCAGCUGGCGUCAAGGAGGCACGGCAUCACUUCUUGGCUGAGGUGAGUUGCCCGGGGGGGCUCGCGGUGCCGUGGCUCU